AUGGUGAAAUCCGAUCUUUUCAUAGCAUUUGCUACUCUCUGUCAUGUUGCUCAGGCAGGAUGUCCCUACAUGGACAACGAUGCCCGUGACCUGCCGGCCAGCCACCCUGCAGUCCGACGAGAUGAGUCUACUGGUGCCCCCCCGGCGUCUACCGACGAGUUCCUGGCCAAAUAUGAGAUCAAAGAUACCGAUGUAUACUUGACCAACAACUUCGGAGGACAGAUCGAAGACCAGGAAAGCCUAAGUGCCGGCGAAAGAGGACCUACGCUACUCGAGGAUUUUACCUUCCGGGAGAAGAUCACCCACUUUGAUCACGAACGCGUCCCAGAACGAGCAGUGCAUGCCCGAGGAGCGGGAGCGCAUGGUGUAUUCACAUCUUACGGUGAUUGGGCAAACAUCACUGGUGCCUCCUUUCUGAAGGCACCGGGCAAGGAAACACCAGUCUUCAUCCGUUUUUCCACUGUUGCUGGAAGUCGUGGAUCUGCAGAUACUGUACGAGACGUCCAUGGGUUUGCGGUCAGAUUCUACACCGACGAAGGAAACUUUGACGUGGUAGGAAACAACGUUCCUGUCUUCUUUAUCCAAGAUGCCAUCAAGUUCCCAGAUCUCAUACACGCCGUUAAGCCAAGGCCAGACAACGAGAUCCCACAAGCUGCUACCGGACACGACAGCGCUUGGGAUUUCUUCAGUCAGCAGCCUUCAUCUUUGCAUACUCUUUUCUGGGCCAUGAGCGGGCAUGGCACUAUCCGCUCAUACAGACACACUGAUGGCUGGGGCGUCCACACAUUCCGUUUCGUCACGGAUGAGGGGAAGACCAAGCUCGUCAAAUUUCGGUUCAGAACUCAGCAGGGCAAAGCAUCUUUGCUAUGGGAGGAAGCGCAGAUUACUGCAGGAAAGAACGCGGACGCUCAUCGUCAGGACUUGUUCGAAAGCAUCGAGAAGGGUUACUUUCCGGAGUGGGUCUUCGAAGCACAAAUCAUGGAGGAGGAAGACCAGCUACGGUUUGGCUUCGACCUACUUGAUCCUACCAAGAUCGUUCCUGAGGAUAUUGUUCCAUUUACGCCUCUUGGCAAGCUCACCCUGAAUCGCAAUCCUCGCAAUUAUUUCGCCGAAACAGAACAGAUCAUGUAUCAAGUUGGCCACGUAGUCCGCGGUAUCGACCUCACUGAGGACCCGUUGUUGCAAGGACGUCUCUUUUCCUACUUGGAUACCCAGCUCAACCGCCACAACGGCCCGAACUUUGAGCAACUUCCAAUCAACCAGCCUCGUGUGCCUGUCCAUACGAAUACACGCGACGGUGCUGGGCAAAUGUACAUUCCACUCAACGUCGCCGCUUACUCUCCAAACACCCUCAACGGAGGCUCUCCACGACAAGCCAACCAGACCCAUGGGCGUGGCUUCUUCACGGCGCCCAACCGCUCAGUAGGCGGACGCUUCACGCGCGCAGUCUCUUCGACGUUUGCCGACGUCUGGUCGCAACCUCGCCUCUUCUUCAACUCCCUGCUUCCUGUGGAACAACAGUUUCUCAUCAACGCCAUUCGCUUCGAGGUAGCGCAGCUCACAAGCGAUGUGGUCAAGAAUAAUGUGCUCAUUCAGCUCAAUCGAGUGAGUCACGAUGUUGCCGUGCGCGUGGCCGAAGCAAUCAACUUGAAAGCCCCUGAUGCGGAUGCAAAGUACUACCACAGCAACACCACCACUGGAGUUAGCGCUUCGGGAGAGCCUUUGCUGAAAAUCGACGGCCUUAAAGUUGGCUAUUUGACUUCGAGCUCGGUGUCUGGCGACAGAGCUGCGGCUCUUAAGUCGGCGCUUGGGGAUCUGAAUGUUGGAUUGGUUGUUGUCGCUGAGCGUCUCGGUCGUGGAAUCGAUCAGAUAUACCAGGCUACCUUCGCGGGUCAAUUCGACGCUGUAGUUGUGGAUGGUAGUGCAAAUGCGCUUUUCGCACCAGCUGGAAGUCUGGCACAUUCAAACGCAACAUCGCCUGGCAAUAGGACUGGAAGUGCACAUUCAACCCUGUACCCUGCUGGCCGUCCGCUACAGAUCCUACAAGAUGGAUACCAAUGGGGCAAGCCUGUUGCCGUGGUUGGCGAGGGCAGCAAAGCUUUCGAGGCUGCAGGUAUUGAAGCCGGUACGCCUGGUGUGUUUGAGUUUGGCAACUCGAGUGAUGCGUCAUCGAUUGUGAAGCAGCUGUCCAAGGGAUUGUACACAUACAAGUUCUUGGACCGAUAUCCUUUGGAUCAGUAG